AUGGCUCCCUACACCCCAACCCAAUACCUCCUCGACCACACCUUCAUAACCCAAACCCUCCACAAACUCUACACCCUCCUCGACACCGCCCAGUUCCCCCGCCUCGCCUCCUCCGAAGUCUUCACCAGCCCCACCUUCCAGCUAGAUUAUACGGCCAUGUUCCCUAGUUCCACCAACCAGCCCACCGUCACAAGCCCACAAGCCAUCGUCGAAAACGCCUGGCGUCCACUCAUCUCAAAAAUGGUGAGCACGCAGCACGUGAUGAGCGCCGUCGUCGUCUAUGGCCUGCCGGUCCCAGGGACGGAAGUGCCCGAUGAUGGUGAUAAAGGAGGAGAAGUGAGGGAGGCAACCGCAACGGCAUAUGUGAUCGCGCAUCUGUGCAAGCGGGCGGAGGACGGGAAGGGGGUCGUGAUGACCAGUAAUGGGGGCAUUGGGGAGUAUAAGCUCGUGAGGAUGGAGGAGGGGGAGUGUAGGGCUAGGUGGGCUGGGAAGGGGUCGUGGGAUGGGAAUUGUUGGCGGGUUAGUGAGGUUAAGGUUGUGCCGAAGUGGUAUGAGGGGGAUGUGGAGGGAAUUCUGGGGCAGGUGGUGCCUUUGUGA